AUGACCGCGUUCGACGUUUGGCGCGUCCCCGUCGCGCAAUGGGCCUGCAUGCAGCUCAUCACUGCCAUGGCCGUGGGAUUGACUCCGUCUCGCUCGCCAUUCAGGUCUGCAGCUGCAGUCGUGGUCAUCGCUCUAGCGUGUGCAUUUCAACACCAAAUCAGUCACAGCACACUGGAAAUGAGAAUCGGGGGCCCGAUGACGGCAAAUUGCUGGGUGAACGUGAUGAACGCGAUGGACUUGCUCGUGCUCAGUCGAGUCUCAUAUGAAGGCCAAGUGACAUGGGAGAAGAAGACGAACGCGAAGAUCCAUCGCUCAGGGACCAUUCUAGAACGCGUCUUCUGGUCCGUCAGUGCGGCGUUCAAUUAUCGGCGCAUCAACACUCCCUGGCAGAUCAAUAAGCUACCUCGGUUCGAUGAGACCGAUCCCUCGUAUGUUCCGUCGCGUGGCAGGUUCGUGCUUGUUGGUGUCGCCAAGGCUAUUUGGGGUGUUGUCCUUCUGGCGCUGUUUACGGUCGAGACGAGCGAUCCGCAUCUACCGUCUGCGAUUGAUGCCUUGCCGCGCGAUGAAUCGGUCUUGUUGCCUUGGGUGUAUGCUGCGUCGAUGAGGAGACUGGUUCUGCUGAUUGCGUUUACCAUCUCGUUCGCUAUCUGCAGCAGGGCGUUCACGCUCGCGGUGUAUAACUCUGCCGCUGUCGUCGCGGUGGGCUUGGGGAUUCAUCAUCCCAGCGCAUGGCCUCCUAUUGCUGGAUCGUUGCUCCACGGCUGGUCGUUGCGCCGGUUAUGGGGAAUCUCAUGGCAUCAGUCACUUCGCGCCCUCAUCUCCUCGAACGCAGAUAUGAUCACGUCAAGCAUCCUGCGCAUCCCGCGCAGCUCUAGCUGGGUCAUGUACCCGCGCCUCGUCAUUGCUUUCGCUCUGUCCGGUCUUUUCCACUCAGGAAUGGACGUUGCGUUCGGUAUCAAGUGGGAAGAGAGCGGCGCGAUCUGUUUCUUUUUGGUACAGGCAGUGGGUGUUCUCGUCGAGAGUGCCUUUCAGCAUAUCUGUAGGGGCUGGGUCAGCCGUUUGAAUCCGAUUGUUCGUCGUGGACUGGGUUAUGUCUGGGUCUGUGUCUUUCUAUUGUGGACUACGCCUGUUUGGAUAAUACCGAUGGUGAGAUCUGUUUAUGCGGAUGGGACGCCUGUUUUCUCGCCGUUUUUGAUCUUUAAGAGUUGGGCUGUUUAG